UCGUGAUGCAACAUUAUGAAAUUCGGUUGUUCGACGAAUUCGUCUUAAGAGGAAACAUGGCCGUACUUCGAUGUCCAGUUCCUAGUUUCGUAAGUGAUUACGUGCAAGUAUCAGCCUGGGAGAGAAUGGAUGGGUUUUUCAUAACUCCGGGCAUCAUAAGUGCUAAAUAUGGGAUGCUUGAGAGCGGAGAUCUGUACAUCAGAGAUACUUCUGAGCAUGAUGGAUCAUACAGCUUUCGAUGUCAUACCGAGAAUGUGGUUACAAAGGAGAAGAAAGUCAGCAUGAACUAUUCCAAGAUCAUUGUGACAGAACCACAUCAUAAUCAACCUCCGAGAGUAACCAAGCGUCUGAACCGUAUCUCAGUACCACAGGGACAGCGUGCAACCCUUCCCUGCAUUGCUCAGGGUUAUCCUGUUCCCACAUACCGUUGGUAUAGAGAUCAAGGCGAUCAACGGCCUCUGCCAGAUCACACGAUAUCUGUCAGUCAAGAAGCUGGAGUAUUGAUAUUUCAUAAAGUGCUUCCAAGUGAUAGUGGGCGUUACAUGUGUCACGUCGCGAACGUGAUGGGGGAGGAGAAAGUGGAUAUCGAACUUAUAGUUGAAGAGCCAUACAAAGUUUCCAUAACCCCACCUGAGCUUCGUCUUGAAGUUGGCAAAACAGCAACUCUAAAUUGUUCUGUGAUUGGAAAUCCUGUUGGAACUGUGCUUUGGCGAAAAGAUAUGGUACUCUUACAGUCCAGUUCAAGAAUAUCAUUUCCACAUCCCUUUUUACUUCAAGUUAGAGAAAUAAGAAGACAAGAUGCUGGAAUAUAUCAAUGUUUCGUUCAACGAGAGCUUCAUUCAGCCCAAGCUUCUGCAAGAAUAAUAAUUGGAGAUUUAUCACCAUCUUUUAAACAGACGUUUCCAGAAAAGACAGUGAGACCAGGAACAUAUGUUUCUUUAACCUGCAUUGCAUCCGGUCACCCAGAGCCUUUAUUCCGAUGGACUCUAGAUGGCAUAUGGACACUUUCUACGAGGCACGGCGUUCUUAUCAGUUCAUAUCAAACAAGCAACGGAGACGUAGCAAGUUCUAUAAAUUUCACCGCUGUAGAGAUUACAAACAGUGGAGUGUAUUCAUGUGAAGCAUCAAACGAUGCCGGAUUAAUUGACUACUCCAACAGAUUGAAUGUAUUUGGACACGUUUUCAUCAGAAAUAUCAAUAAUUUGACUGCUAUAAAUGGAGAAAAGUUUUCAGUGAUAUGUCCUUUUGGAGGAUAUCCUUAUGAAUCUAUUACUUGGAAAAAAGAUGACCGUGUUUUACCAGUUAAUGAGAGACAAAGGGUCUUUUCAAAUGGAACAUUGGUGGUAUGGGGCAUGCAGCCAAGCAUUGAUGAUGGAAUAUAUAGCUGUGAAGUCAGAUCGGGGCAAGGACUAAUGCCCGUGUCCCGUUCAUUUCGAGUCAUUACUCGAACAAAGCCUACGAUAGCCAAAUUUUCCUUUCAAGACAACUUGCACGAGGGAAUGAGAACUGCAGUCACUUGCAUUGUUGUCGCUGGAGAUGGACCACUGUCGACUCGUUGGUUAAAAGAUGGUCUACCUAUAGACGAACAAUCGUUGGAUGUUAAAAUAAUUCCAGCUGAAGAGGGAUUUGUUACUACCGUCACCAUCAAAACUCUUACUCACAAGCAUAACGGGAACUAUACUUGUCUGGCAAGAAAUGAAGUUGCAACUGGAUCCUACAGCGCUGUUCUGACAGUUAAAGUUCCUCCUCGUUGGAUAUUGGAGCCAAGUGACACAUUUGCUGUGGUUGGCAGAACUGUUGUGAUUGAUUGUCAAGCAGCUGGAGUUCCACAACCUCAUGUUAGAUGGAAAGUUGCAACAGAUCAUCCUCCCGGAGUAUUUAGGCCCAUUGUAAGCAGCUCUCAUAUUCAUAUUCUUGUAAAUGGAUCUCUAAACUUCCGUAACGUGGAAACAUCUGAUGGAGGAUUUUAUCUUUGUGAAGCAAAUAAUGGAGUUGGUGCAGGAUUAACAACUGUUGUUCGAUUGACGGUGCACAGUCCUCCUCAGUUUCCAUCCAAGUUUGUUGUUAUGUCAACCAGAAGAGGAGACAAAGCGACACUGGAAUGCAAUCCUCAAGGAGAUUUACCUAUGACUGUAUCGUGGAAAAAGAAUGGACAAAUAAUGGAGGCUAACAACGAAAACAGGUACAGAGAAGACGUGACAGAAGUUGGCGAGUACGGAUUAAAAGCAUCUUUCAUAAUUGAAAAAGCUGAACGAAAAGAUUCUGCCCUAUUUCUUUGUAUAGCAGCGAAUAAAUACGGAGAAGAUACAUUAAACAUACAAGUUACUGUUCAGGAUAUUCCUGAUGCUCCUCAGAAUUUAGAAGUGCAUGAUGUUUCUAGCAGAAAUGUGAGACUUACCUGGGACCGCCCAUUCGAUGGAAAUUCUCCCAUUACCCAAUAUGUAGUCACUUGGAGGCAAAGAGAUGAUCAGGCAGAUGGCGGCCCUUUGACUGUCCAUGGUACAGAACGUACCUUGAACAUUCGUGGAUUACAACCGAAAACAAGAUAUUUUUUUCGCGUGAAAUGUCUGAAUGCCUUGGGGGAGAGUCAGUACAGUGCUGAAGUUGCUGUUACAACACUGGAAGAACCACCGAGAAAUUCGCCUCAAGCAGUAAAAGCAGUUCCCGUGUCAUCAAGAAGCUUAAACAUAUCAUGGCAAGCACCACCCGAAGAACGAGUUUCAAGUAUUGAGGGAUACUAUGUUGGUUACAAAACCGUAACUAAUCCAGGACCUUACACGUUUAUCCCAGUUGACGCAAUCCAUGAUGCAGAUGUACAAGUCUUUGAGGUUCAGAAUCUGAACCGGUUCACUGAAUAUAGUUUCAUAAUUCAAGCAUUCAACAAACGAGGAGCUGGACCACCAUCUGAGGCCGUAACAGCAAAGACGUUCGAAUUCGAUCAUCCAUCUGCUCCCAUCAUUAAAUCAUAUUAUGCAACAUCAACAUCUAUCAAAUUAUCCUGGGAAUACCUCAGCUUGCCAUUAGCUCCAGUAGAUGGGUUUAUAAUACAUCACAGAAUGGAUGGAACUACUUGGCAGGAAACACCAAUUGCUGGAGACAGAACAUCUUUUACUCUUCAUGACCUUUUAUGUGGCACGAAGUACUAUAUGUUUAUUGUGGCAACAAAUAAUGCUGGGAAAGGAAAUAGCAGCGAAAUUGUUUCUACUAAAACUACUGGCAGCGCUCCAUUAGCACCUGAUAAGAGACAUUUACUAUCGCUCAACUCAACAAACGUGUCUGUUAAUCUGAAUAGCUGGCACAAUGGAGGCUGUCCCCUUCGAUAUUUCAUCAUCCAAUACAAGAUAAGUGGAUCUCAAGAAUGGACACUAGUUAGUAAUAACGUGAUUCCAGAGCAGAAAACCGUAUUAGUUACAGACUUAGUUCCAGGAACAUGGUACUCUUUGCUCAUGACAGCAAGAAAUGACGCUGGAUCAACGGAUGCUGAAUACGUUUUCGCAACUUUGACUCUUGCAGGAGAAUUUCCACCUCAUCCUUCGGAAGUGAGUGAUGUGUCCAAUGUAUUCUACAGACAUCUGACGAUAACGGUUCCAGUUGUAAGCUCGGCCAUAGUACUGCUUCUAGUCACAUGCGUUGUUUGCAUAAUAACUAAACGAAGAACUCCAGGCUGCCGCCCAAGAACGCCAGAUGGAACAGAAGGAGGUGAUGGCUUAAAGCAAGAAAGUAUUCAGUUGUCAGGCACUUAUGACAGUGGACGUGAAUCCGCUUAUUUUCCAUCGCCCUAUGCUACCAGUGCUGUACAAAACUGCAAUAGAGAAUUAAGAAUACAUCCCAAUAUACGAAAUCAGCAAAACAGUGGAACGUUUGGAAGUACCAGAAGUGGAUAUACGUAUAAUACUCCAUGCACUCCAAAAAGGUGUGAAAAGGAGGAAUGCAUUUAUCAGACAUCAAUGAUAUAUUUCUCAACAUACCAGCGUAAUGGCCUAGAGCUGAGAUCACAAAGAGAACAUGCCAUUUAUGCUGUACCUGACAGAGGAAGACCUUUAGUUUCAGGAGAAAAGUUUUGGACGGAAAAUGCGGAUGGAAAUUCAAGCACCGAAUCUGACAAUGAAGACAUGCUGCUGUGCUUAAAUACGCAAGAUGAAAUCAUCCUCAGAGAGGAAGGAGUUGAAUCAGAAACUGAGUGUGAUAGAUUGUGGAAAGCAUACGAAGUUAGGAGAUGUCAAGAAGAACGCCGAUGGACUCGAGAAGUUCUUGUGUCAUAGGUGGCUAAAGUCAAAAUGCAGUUAUUGUACAUUCUGAAACUUUAAAUUAUGGUGUAUAAAUUUUGUAAAAAAAAUAAUCAU